UCCGCCCCUUAUAUUUUUGAAAAUAGCUUUCAGACCGUUUACAUUUCUCACUCCAAAACUCUCUCUUUCUCUCUCUAACUUCGCCGUGCCUUUGCGGAUCUCUCUCCAUAUACUGAAUCGGAUCUGCGAUGCGCAUUGAAUCGGAUGGAUCAUCGGCCUCUUUAGUUUUCUCUCUCAUCGGAUUACACACUUUGAAGCACAGUUCGCCUUUGAUUUUAUCCUGCGAAAAGGUAGCCCCUGUUACGUCUUAGAGAAAUUGAUAAUGAUUUGGAGAAGACAUUUUGGAGAGAGUUGUGGUCCAGUUGGAAUUGGGGUAUGCAGAUUUGCCUGUUUGAUAAGCAAUUAUGGAAAGUGCUAGGACAAACACAACUCCUUCAGAUGGGGUCAGCAGUGGUUACCAGAAAAUGCGACCUCCUCAUGGGAGGAUUAGUGGCCCUACAAGGCGUUCCACAAAGGGACAAUGGACACCCGAAGAGGAUGAGAUUUUGUGCAAGGCUGUUCAACGUUUUAAAGGAAAAAACUGGAAGAAAAUAGCGGAAUGUUUCAAGGAUCGGACCGAUGUACAGUGCUUACACAGGUGGCAGAAAGUUUUGAAUCCAGAACUGAUCAAAGGUCCAUGGUCUAAAGAGGAGGAUGAAAUAAUAAUUGAAUUGGUGAAUAAAUAUGGGGCAAAGAAAUGGUCUACCAUUGCACAACAUUUACCUGGGCGUAUUGGAAAGCAAUGUCGGGAACGAUGGCAUAAUCAUCUUAAUCCCGCUAUAAACAAGGAGGCUUGGACACAAGAAGAGGAAUUGGCUUUGAUUCAUGCCCAUCAAAUCUAUGGGAACAAGUGGGCAGAGUUAACAAAGUUCUUGCCUGGAAGGACAGACAAUGCCAUUAAAAAUCAUUGGAACAGUUCUGUGAAAAAGAAGCUGGAUUCAUAUUUGGCAUCGGGAUUAUUCGCGCAUUUCCAAGGCCUUCCUAAUGUUAGCCAUCUUAACCAAUCCAUGCUUGCAUCCUCUUCUAGGGUGCAACAGAGCAGUGGAGAUGACAGUGUUCCCAAAGAUAGGGCAGAAGCCGAGGAAAUCUCAGAAUGUAGUCAAGGUUCAAAUGUUGUUGGUUGUUCGCAACCUACAAGUGACAUGGUCAAUGCAGAUGGACAUACUAGAGAAGAAUACAGAUUGACUGAAGAAUCUUCUCAUGGGAGGGAUCCAGGUUCAAGUCCAGCAUCAUGUUCAGAACAUUAUCACACAGCUCUUGAAGAAGUUCCUUUUCCCCUGCCAGAAGUACCUUGUGAACUGGGUGGUUCUUCAAAGUUCUUUGAACACAAUUUCUCACAUGAGUGGGGAACUUUUGCAGGCAAAGACUGGCAGCAUAACUCGAAUGAGUUACCAGAUAUAUCUUUACUGGAUUUGGGGCAUGAAUCAUCUGGAUUAUUGAUGCAUCCUGUGGGUGGCAACUCAAACAAUGAAGUGGUACCUUUUCCAUUCCAAACUUCUGAGUGUUUAGGAAAUUCUACCUCCAUGGGAAAUAUGACAGCAGGUUCGGAUAAACCAGAGAAGAUAUUAGCAUCUGAAGGUGGCAGUUACAGGGUGAUACAUCCACAGGGGACUGAUGGACGUUUUUCAUCGGGGAAUCUUGUGAAAUGCUCUAAUGUUGUUGAAGUGGAUGAAUCCACUGAUUUGUUACCUUACCAAUCAUCAAACUAUCAGAUCCCUGAAAUUUCAGGCACUUUAGAUUCACAAUUGUAUUAUCCCCUGCAGUCUGACAUCUUGGAAUUUUCAGGUUGUCAGCCUUUUGUUCCUUCACUACUACCUCAUGAUGAUGGUGCUUUUAUCAUUUCUGGUGACCCUAAUCAGUUUAAUGAUCUCUCACCUGGAAACCAACAGCUUGUUACAAGUUCACAUGAUGGGCUUAUCUAUACCAAUGACUCUGGUAUAUAUCCUUGUGAUGAUUGCAUAGAUAACAUGGUUGCUCAUCUAGCAAAAGAAUCUAAAAAACUAGUUCCUGUAGAUGUUUUUGGUUCAAAUAGUAUACAAACUUUCCCUUCAAAUAGUUCAGUUGUGCCAACCGAGCAGCAGGAUGCAGGACCUCUAUUUUAUGAGCCUCCUCGUUUCCCUAGCCUGGAUAUUCCUUUUUUCAGUUGUGAUCUAGUUCAAUCUGGUAGUGAUAUGAAACAAGAGUAUAGUCCACUUGGUAUCCGCCAACUGAUGAUGUCUUCGAUGAACUGUUUCACCCCAUAUAGACUUUGGGACUCGCCGUCUCAUGAUGCUAGUCCAGAUGCUGUGCUGAAAAGUGCUGCCAAGACUUUCACAUGCACCCCAUCCAUAUUGAAAAAACGACACCGUGAUCUGUUGUCACCUUUGUCAGAAAAGAGGAGUGGAAAGAAACUCGAGAGCGACAUGAAUCAGGAGUCAUGUCCCAGCUUGGGUAGAGAUCAUUCUCAAGUACAUGUUAUGUCUGAUGAGAAUGGGAACCAGAGAGCACCUCUGCGGUCUCCAUUAUCAAACCAGAAAAGAAAUUCUGGAGUAUUGACCGAAAAUAAAGAAAAUAUGGGUCACACUUUUGAAGGGGGCAAUGAUGACACUGCGCUUUUGAACAACAAAAAUUCAGAGGAAGAGUUUGAUAGCACUCGUCCCCAAGACAAUACAAAGGAAGAUACUGCUGGUACUGAUGAUAAGUCUAAUGGUGAUGCUGAUGCUGCAGCCAAAAUUGUGCAACAGCCUUCUGGUGUACUUGCUGAACAUAACAUGAAUGACCUCCUUUUAUCUUCUCCUGAUUGUUCUAAAAUUAAACCAGACAGAGCCAUGUGUCCAGGAGUUCAAACUCUUAGAAAUCGGCAUUCCAGAAGUUUGGUGGAAACUGCAUUACGUCAAGGCACUCUUCCAGAACCUUCGUCUGCAAAUCCAUGUUCAUCGUUUUCUAGCUCUCCUAUUGUUUCUGCAAAGGACACAAAUUAUUUAGUUGCAGUUACAUCUGUACAAUCUGCUCCUUCAUUGUCUCCAAUGGAGAUGAAGGUUGGGAAUUCUGGGAAAGAUGCUGUUUCUGAAAAUUUUAGCAUAUUUUGCGGAACUCCUUUCAGAAGAAGUAUUGAAUCCCCUUCAGCUUGGAAGUCUCCUUGGUUUAUUAACUCGUUUGUGCCAGGCCCUAGAGUCGAUACAGAUAUAACAAUUGAGGAUAUAGGGUAUUUUACGAGCCCAGGGGACAGAAGCUAUGAUGCCAUUGGGUUGAUGAAACAGCUUAGUGAGCAUACUGCAGCUGCAUUUGCUGAUGCACAGGAGGUUUUGGGAAAUGAAACGCCUGAAACAAUAUUAAAGGAAAGAUGCUCCAACAACCAGAAAUCAGAGAACAAUCUAAUUGCAAAUGGGCAGCUGGGGAACCGCUCCCCUGUGGCUUCAAAUAUCUUGUCAGAGAGGCGAGUGCUUGAUUUCAGUGAAUGUGGGACACCUGAGAAGGGAACGCAAAGCAGGAAAUUUUCUACUGCCAUAAGUUUUUCAAGCCCAUCUUCCUAUUUGCUGAAGGGUUGCAGAUAGCAAGUUCUGAAUCUUACGGCGAAUAGGCCUUGUACUGUAAACAUUUCGGAGUAUACCUGUAUUUUUUAUCAGCCUUCUUUUGCUGUUAUUAUAUAUAAUCUGUAAACUUUUUACUAUAUAAAUUAUUUAUUCAUUCAAGAUUUUGUUCUUUGUGCA